AUGGCUCCCAUCGAACGCAUCACCCUCUUCAAGAUCUCAGACGAUGCAGCUAUCGACCGUGUCCUGGAGCAGUACAAGGUUCUUGCAAAGACGGCGGAAAAGGAUGGCAAGCCGUACAUCCUCAACGUCGCAGCCGGUCGUUCCUUCCCCGACCCGCGGAACAAGGGGUACAAUCUCUCGGUGAAGACGAGGUUUGCCUCGAUGGAGGACAUGAAGUACUAUGAUGUCGAGUGUGAGGCGCACAAGGCGCUCAAGGCGGUGUUGUUGCCCGUCAAGGAGGAUGUGCUGACCACAUACUAUGAGAGCGUGGUGUAG